CCGAAUCUGGCUCGCAGCUCAAACCAGAUGAUUUGUACUUUUGUGCACUUACCAUGAUCAGCGCAUUCUUCCUAUAUAAUGUCAAGGGCGAGGUGCUGAUCUCGCGGCUGUUCCGUGACGGCAUCCGCCGCAACGUCUGCGAAGUGUUCCGCAUCCAGGUCAUCUCCAAAUGUUCCGAUAUCAAGUCUCCCGUGUUGACCCUGGGCUCCACUUCGUUUCUGCACAUACGUCACGGCGCGCUGUGGAUCGUCGCUGUCACACGCUCCAAUGUGGACGCUUCAAUUGUUCUCGAAUACCUCCAUCGCUUUGUGGAGUUGCUGAAACGGCUCUUCGAGGUGGACAACGUUACCGAGGACGACGUCAAGGCCCACUUCCCGCUCGUUUACGAGGUGCUCGACGAGUCCAUAGAGUCCGGACACGUCUCCAACUUGGAUCUGUCCACCUUGCGGCCGUAUUUGUCCUCGCAGACUGCCGAAACCGGCAGAUUUAAAAACAGCACCGCCAGCAAACUUCCGCAGAUCAUCAACGCCCCGCUCGACGUGGCCGCCGCAUCGCACCCCUGGCGGCCGCAGGCACUCAAAUACAAGAAAAACAUGGUCCAGAUCGACCUCGUCGAGGACUUCAACCUGCUCACCACGGCGAACGGCUUUGUGCUGCGCUCGUUUGUCGAGGGCCGCAUUUUAAUGGACUGCCGCAUCUCUGGGAUUCCAACGUGUCUGCUGGGCCUCGUCCACGAAAACCAGAACGACGCAUACCAAGAAUUCAAAUCUGGCGACUGCACGUUCCACCAGUGCGUCAACCUCAAAGAUUUCGACGAGCACAGAAUAAUUAAAUUUAUUCCUCCUGACGGCAAGUUCGAACUGCUGAGCUACCGCACAGACGUGGAAAACCCGCCGUUCAACGUCUACACCACCAGGGACCCCUACGGCAGUGGCUCUGAAUCGUCCUACACGGUGGACUUAGAGUCUGCAUAUCCGUCGAACGUCGCUGCCACUAACGUUGUUCUCCGAAUUCCUGUGCCACCUGGGACGUCGAAACUGCGAGCAAACACAGAAACUGGUAAAUGUCGACUUGUACAAGAGGAAAACGUGGUGCAGUGGAGUCUUAAGAAAAUGAAUGGUGGCCAGAAGCACAGGUUGCAGUUUGCCGUGCCCAACACUCCGGCCCACGCUGUGGCUGCCAAGCCGCCGAUCUCGCUCAGCUUCUCGAUCGAGUCGUAUUCUGCGGGAGGCCACAAAAUCAAGUUUUUCAAAGUGCACGAGCCCACCAUGAAUUACGCCACAGUCAAGAGCGUCACAUACCUGACCAGAGCGAAAAGCUACGAGAUCCGUAUGUGA